UCUUCAACGGCACUUGAUGACACAAAACCAGGUAUUGGUUAGAAGCACAGCAACACUGCCAAAAUGUAUAGGAAACGAGAAGGAACGUCCGGCAUUAAAGGCCAGCUUUACGAAACAAAAUUAAUCAGCCUGAUUAACUUCAGAGCAAAGUUCGACAACAGCCUCAAAGAUUGUUAUCUAGCGACCAACAUGGCAGACAUAGGCACAUUUGACGAUAUAUGCUUCAGAGCUAAAGCGAAAAUUGGGAAAAAUAAUAAACAAAUCGCCAUUUUCAUUCAAGCGAAACACAGAGAAGCAGACAAAACUGUUUUGACGCUAAACAGCGCAAACGACUUAUCUAAAUGGUUUGAUAGCUACCUCACCAUCAAACGUUCCUUCAAACAAGACACCAAAGACGUCUUCUUUAAGGGAAAAUUUCAAGACAUUGACUCUUAUUUCAUUAUGUAUACAACAGCUAAAGAUGAUCGCGAUAAUGUACGAUUUGACACAGAAGUGGCUCAUAAACUCAACAGUUUAAUAGCUACAGGGAACGAUGCCGUCCAGCCGAAUCACAAAGAAACACAUGUGGAAUUCCUAUGUGACAUAGUCAUGAAGGAACAGCUAGUCGAGCUGGCUACUGUAUUUGCAGAAUUUGUAAAUAAAGACGACAAUACUGUGUUGUCAAUGAACAACGAUCUGAUACUCAUUUACCACGUGAUUCUGGCGAAAAAGUUCUUCCUUAUAAGCGAGAUUCGGAAUAAAAACGAAGACAGUGAACACAGAAUCGCUCGUUUUCGUAGUGAGUUUUACACAAGCGAUGAUGAAUUUAUGAAAUUAUUCAGAGACACGCUUUACAAAGAAAUUCUAAAGAAAAGAGCACUUGAUGAUGUCACUAGGAAUGAACUGCUAGCAAAGCUACUUGAGGAACCUUUAGAUGUUCAAAUAUUGGCAAAACUUAUACACAGCGUUGUGACACUAAACAAAGAUAAUGGAAAACUGGAAUUUGUCAACAAAUCUGUGGGUGAAGAUUUAAGACAUAGAUUGGAAAAGGUAAAAGUCCUCCGGGCGAAUGUACAUGAGGCCAUUUCCAUAGCCGCGGAAGAGAUACUGGGACCAAAGGAAAUUAAAGUUCCAGUGCCAUUCGGCAACAAAGAUCUCACCGUGAGAGGGAGUGAAGAUACUAAUGACGAUUUCACAGCAGACAGCAUACUUGUGAAAGUCAAAAACAAAAUGGUGGAAAUGUUAUUGCAAUCCACACCGGGAAAUAUAGUCACGAUAGACAAAAAUGUGGAAAAAGAAUUUUCGAAAAUCAACAUCGAUUUAGCUAGUAUUGUGGGGAAUAUUUUAAUAGCAGACCGAAAUAGUGAAUACAUGAAAUUCUCAGACAAUACCGACACACUAGGUGACAUUGCGAAACAGUUGUUUUCCGAACUACAAUCCGCAAUACCAAAUUUACAAGAUUUUAAAUUUAAUGUAGAUGUUGAAACGUUUCCAGUGCUUUCUUUUGAGAAGAUAGAUUUAAUAGAAGAUGAUAUUUCAGCUCUCGCGACAACUAUUGGUACGUUUCUGAAUAAAAACACUGAUUCUGUGAUGCCAACGACAGAUAAUAUCCUACGACGAUACCACGUGGCUCUCACACAUAAAGUAUUGGACAUUUCUGAGAUUAUGGGUGAAGACGACGAUGCGUACAGACUGGCGACAUUCCAACAAGACUUCUUUGAGUCAGAAGAAGAUCCGCUCGUGUUAUUUAAACGACAUUUAUAUGCCGAAGUACUGAGAGGAAGGAAUUUACAUGAAAAUGAACUUGAAGGGUCGUUGGAACAGCCUCAAUCGGUAGUAGACGAGGCUGCAAAGAAACUAUUAAUGAACCGAGAGUUUAAAGUCUCAACCGCUUUCGGAAACAAAGACAUCAAACUUAAGAAAAGUAAAGCAGAAAAAAGAUUAGACCAUUUGAAAAUGAAACUGUGUGAACUGAUGAGUAAAUCAAGUGACGAUAAAGUUGUUACUAUUGAAAAGUCUCUGGGAGAAGGUUUUCUAAAGCUCACUGGAGGCAUCGCAGGCAUCGUCGGGAAUAUUUUGGUUCUAGACGAAGAUACGCACCUUUUUAAAUUCACCGACAAUUGGGAAUCGCUAGAAGACACUUCCAAAAGGCUGUUCACAAAACUGAAGAGCUAA